CCCCUAGACUACUGGAAGUCUAAUGCGGCUAGAUUCCCUGUUUUAGCUCUAAUAGCUAGGAAAUAUCUAGGAAUCCCGGCUUCCUCGGCCGCUAGCGAGAGAUUCUUCUCUCAAGGUACUCUUAUUAUAUCUAAAUUGCGUAAUAGACUUAAUAAGAGUACUUUUGAGAUUAUAUCUUGUCUAAAAAGCUGG